AGCUUCACCUCAGCCCUCUCGCAGAAGCAAAUGUACCGCCAACUCGCAGGAGAACAGGUCAGCGAUUCUCUGAUCUGACGCUCUGUAUGGUAUGCGCUGUGCUGUGCUGUGCUGUGCUGUUGUGUCCGCUGUGUGCAGAAGCUUGCCAAGUCGCAGUCCAACAUCUCGCCAGGACGUUCGCGCACCACCCUCUCGCCCACCCUUCCCUCCACACGCAAGCAGAACGAGCCGGCCCUUCUCGAGGAGGACCGUGACGCCGCCUCGUCGCGCGUCAUCCAAGGCGGCGGCUCCAAUGGUGGCGGCACAUCUGGCAGAUCCACACCCCGCUCGCGCACACCAUACGACUCGGACACCGACAACCUUCUUCUCUCUGGCCCGUCUGGCGAGGCGUCCUAUGCGCCGCUGUCCAGCCCACCGCCAGAGCGCUCCAACGCCCCAUCGCUGGGCAGGGCGAGGCCCAGAUCUUUCACGCCGCCGAUUCACAGGCGGUCGGUGAGUGUGUCGUCGCUCGAGCAGCACCCGCCCGGCGUGGAGAGGGGCAGCGGCAAGGCCAAGGAGAACAAGGGCGACGGCGCGCCGCCGGUCGUUCGCAGGCACAGCUCGUCGUUUGAGGUGGACGUGGUGAUGGGUGUCGGUGUGGCGAAUGGCUUGGGAGCGACCGGUGCGGACGAUGAGGGCCACCAGAUGGCGGGCGAGUCCUUGCUUGCGGCGAGUGAAGCGGCAGAGAUCGUCCGCAACUCCUCAAACGAAGCCCGUACGUUUCCUUCAACACACACAUGCCAUAAUGGCACCCACCUGCAUUGCAUUGACGCGUCUGCAUGGAUUCGGUGUGUGGAUUUGACUGACUGCAGUUGAGGCGCUGAAGGAGCGGUCCAGGCCAACCUCACCGUCCAAAGCGCCCCCUCAGGCGGUCCCCCUCCCCUCCCCCCUCUCACCCCCCGCUGCAUACGACACAUCCGUCGACCCCUCAGAGGCCUCCCUCACCUCUCGAGUCCCAAUGCUCCCCGCCGACCGCCCCAACACCGCCACCACCACAGUCUUCCCCCUCAGCAUCCCCCUUAGUAGCACCAACACAAUGGGCGGCGAGGGCGGGCCCGGCCGCACCAUGGCGCUCUAUUCAAUGACGGCAGGCGGCGCCGCCAGUGCUGUGAAGGAGACCGCGUCGCAGCCCGAGAGUGUGGCAGCUACUAGUGACACGGAGGUGGUGAAGGGUGCAGGCGCGACUGGCGGUGUGGGGCGGCGGGUGGGCAGCCGGGGUCGGUCGCCAUCGCCGAGUGGAGGGAUGGGUGUGCUGAGCAUGGACGAGAUCAAGGAGAAGAUCGCAGAGAGGAGCAUCAUCGAACACGCCGUCUUCACUUUCAACCGGUGAGUGAAGGAGUGAGUGGUGCAGCCCCGUCGCCCUCGUGCACUCACCACGCCCACACAUCUCUUGCUGCUGCUGCUGCUGCUGUGUGUGGGUGUGUGUGGGUAUGUGUGUGUGUGGCUGCCUCAGUUUGGGUGCUGGCGCGACGAUAGACUUCCUGGCCCGCCACGAUCGCAUCGACAAGGACGAUGCCGUGGCGUUCGCGCACUUUCUGUUCGAAACGCCGGGACUCGACAAGCACAAAGUGAGUCGCCGACCGAGGGUCCACAGAAAGACAGACAAAGAGUGGACACAGAUCUACGACCUGUGUGUGUGUGUGCGUGUGUAUUGUGUCAGGUUGGCGACUUCAUCGGUCGCGAGGGCGCCUUCAACAUGGCGGUGCUCGCGUGUUUCGUCCAGUUCUUCGACUUCAAGGAGCUCUCCAUCGACGAGGCACUCAGAUACUUCCUCACGAGAUUCAAGCCCGCUGGGUGGGUGGGCAUGCCCACACCUGACUGACCUGACUGACGCACACAGACGACUCGCUCGCUCAAUGGGCCUGGCCUCUCUCCCUCUCUCUCUGAGUGCUGUUUGUUCUGUCAGUGAGGCUCAGCAGCUGUAUCGCAUCCUUCAGCAGUUCGCCGUGCGCUUCGUCAAGGACAACCGCGAGGCAGACAUGACGCCCGACGAGGCCCACUUCAUGUCAUACGCCAUACUGAUGCUGCACACCGACGCACACAACGAACACGUAAUCAGCGCGCCCCGCCCCGCCCCGCCCCGCCCCGCCACACCGUUGCGCGCACCUGCCAUCUUUCGUCUGUGUGUGUGUGUAGGUGACUCGGAAGAUGACUAAGGAGGACUUUCUGAAGUCGGUGGCCGGCCAGACGAAGCUCGGCAAGCGGGCGCUCUCGCAGAUCUACGAGCGGGUGGUGGGCGAGCAGUUCCGGCUCGCACUCACCAAAACCGACAAAGUACGUGGGGAGCCUCACACAUCCAUCCAUCCAUCCCUCCAUCCAUCCGUGUGGUGCUGGGGUGUGUGUGUCAGGUGUACAAUCGUCUGUCGCGGGACCCCCGGAUCAUCCGCGCGGCGACGUCUGUCAACCUGCGCAUGAGCGGUCUGCAUCACGACGUGGACGGCCUCAAGAAGGGCAGCCGCUUCUUCAAGUACUGCAGGAGCGGACGGGUCAAAGUCAGAUGGGUCAGGAUCUCAGAGGUGAGCUUGAGCGAGCUGGGAGGGAGGGAGGGAGGGAGGGAGGAGGUCGUGCACAUGAUGUGUGUGGUGCCGGGCAGGAUGAGUCUCGCGUGUUCUGGAGCAGCAGCGAGACCGACCAGAGGCCGCGCGAGAUGCACCUCGACGACGUCAUCGACUUCACCGUGGGAUCGCAUGUAAGAAAGAGGCCGUUCGCUCGCCAUCGCCAAGAGUCACGCGCUCUCACCCCUCCCCUCCGCUCCCCUCCGCUCCCCUCCGCUCCCCUCCGCUCCCCUUGUUUGUUUGUGUGCAGCGGUCGCCGGUGUUCCGUCGCUUCCACAUCCCCGACGAGCAGGACGCCAGGUGCUUCUCACUCCACACCGACCAGCGGACACUCGACCUCUGCGCACCGAAUGCGAUCGACCCCCCCAUGCAGGUGUGUGAGAUGGGGGGGGGGGGGGGGGGGGGGGGGGGGGGGGGGGGUGACACGACCUAAUGCGACAGACAGAGUGUGGUUGUGUGUGGUUGUGUGUGUGUGUGUGUGGUUGUGUGUAGGUGUGGGUGACCUUCUUCAGCCAGGCGAUCGCCCGCCGGCAGGAGGACAAAGUGCGCGACAAACCCACCCAGAUCCUGUACGCCGAGGAAAAGAAGCGAGAGGUACACAUACCCCCCCGACACACACACACACACACGACAUGCACACGGCUUGUGUGGUGUGUGUUUGUUGCGGCUCUUGGUGUGCGCAGGAGGCGCUUCUGCAGCGGACCAAAGUUUGGAAGGAGAAGAUCCUGCCGUCCUGGGAUUCCUACUGGAACUGCGGGGCAGUCGCUGUGGCCACCGACCCCUCCCCCCUCCCCUCCCUCUCCUCCCUCGUCACCCGCUACCCCACGCCCACUACCAAUCCCCGCUCAUCGGCAGCAGCGGCGUCCGCCACGGCCAGCGGCACUGACACCAACACCAACACGACGCAGUGGGUCGACAUUGGCUGCUUCGGCGGCAGGCUCGGAGGCAAGACUCCGCGCAGCAGCUACCCCAAGACGGCCUUCGUCACCACACGCUCGACCGACUCGCCCAACAGCGACUCUGAGAGCCGAUGCGGCCGCCGAUCAAAGUCUCCAGGCCGGCCACUGAGGGGCGCUCUGGUGCCUGGGGGUGGGGGGAAGGGCUCUGGCGUGCCGAUGCUCAAGGGGGGCGGAAAGGGUCUGUGUCCGCCAGUGCAGUCGGUGUCGGUGUUCACGUUUAGUUUGGACCGUGGCCGGCGUUACGAGACGGCGCGAUCGCCGCGGCUGGUGGAUCUGUGGCUGGAGGGGCUGCCUGAGGAGCUGAGGCCCAAGCUGUGGCCGCUGGCCAUUGGCGACGACAAGGCCGUCAGCCUGGACCUCUACUACUGCCUCAGAGCACAGGUAAACCCAUCCAUCUCAUGAGUCCCCUUCAUUGAUCGGUCACGUCACUUGUGUGCAGGUGACAUCGAACAACAGGAAACCCGACGCAGCGGCAGAGAGGGACCCCUUCCUCCCCCCGGCCCGGCACCACUUCGAGCGCUUCUACAGCGACCUCCCAUCCAUCCUCCCACACCUCCAGCACCUCCCCGUUGGCCAAGGGUCCUUCCACCCGCUCCCCACUCGGCCAGCCGGCACCACAGCUGGCGGGGCGACCAUGAGCCCCCGUGCAAUGAUAUCGAUCUCGCCGCAGCUGCCUCCGACGAUCGGUGUCGGCGUGGAGCCGCCGCCGGCGAUGUUGCCCCCAGGGGUGUCGGAGAUGAAGAUCCACCAGGCGCUGGUCGAGCUGAUGGAGGCCUUCAUCAUCUUCCGGCCCGAUGUGGGGUACGUCCAGGGGAUGGGGCACCUGGCCGCCAUGCUGCUGUACCAUCUGCAGCCGGCCGAGGCGUUCCGCGGCUUCGUGAGCCUGAUCCAGAGCCACCACUUUAUGGACUUCUUCAUGGCCACGCAGGAGAGCAGCCGAAGGCGCGUCAAGAUGCGAUUCGACUUUUUCGAGGUCCGUUCCGCCGAUGCACCUCGACACAUACAAGCGUGACUUCAUCUUGACGCCUCUGUGUGUGUGUGUGUGUGUGUGUGUUCAGUCUGUCUUUCAGGAGCGUCUGCCUUUGCUGUGGAGUCACUUCCAGGCGCUGGAUGUGACUCCUGACCUAUUCCUGAUGCCGUGGCUCCUCACGCUCUUCUCGUCAGUGCUCCCACUGCGAACCGUCUGCCGAGUGUGGGACGCCGUGCUGCUCAAAGGAGAGGUACACACAAAGGAGAGGUACACACAACCGCCGGACAAGCAUGAGCAUGCACACCCCUCUUCUCCCUCUCUCUCUCUCUUUUUGUUGGUGCAGCCGUACGCUUACCAGACGGCAUUGGGUUUCCUCCGCUACAAGGAGCAUUCCCUGCUGACGGCGUCGUUCGAGGGCUGCAUCCGGCUGCUCAACCCCACGGCCAACAACUGGGAUCCAUCGCAGGGCGGCGUCUCCACACCGCGGGGCGUGGGCGACAUCCAGGUGCCGUCAAGAGCUGACGACGCCGCCAUGUCGUUCGAUGAGGACAGAUUCUUCAAGUAGGCCGACAGACAUCGGAGGGCGAGAGGCUAUGGGUUUCGUGAUCGGGUUGUUUUCUUGGUUUGGUGUCUGUCAGGUGUGUGGGCGAGUGCGAGAUAGAUCCGUCGCUCUUCGGCAAUUGGCUGGCGAAGCAGCGGCUGAGUGAGGAGAAGGCCGAGCUCCUCGAGCUGCUCCUGUGACGUCUUUGACGUCAUGUGGGGAGCGGAGCUCAGUCAGUCGCCGGCUGCGUGUAUGCUUGCAGCCAUCCGUCCACCCACCCACCCACCCGUCCAGUAGACACACACGACAUCCAUCGCACACACACACCUUACUGUGUGAAUUCAUUCCUUCAUGCCCACUCAUAUGGAUGGCAUGAGGCGGGUCCAUUCCGUUCCAUUCCAUUCCAUUCGGUCCGUGUCUUUUAUCGCAGGCAGACAGGGAGGGAGGGAGGCGGGCAGAGUGCACUUCUAUUGGACGGAGCAGGUCGUUGGCCUGGGGUGAGAGGGGCGGGGAGGAAGUCUGUCGUGUCAGUGGCGCGAGCCGAGCGGUGAGAGUGACUUCACGGGGGGGCGGGGGACAGUGAGUGUCUUUUUCCCUUCAGCCGCUGGCAUGCAUGGCAUGGCACAGCUGUGCGUACCCUCUCGCUUCCGAGGUGGCGAUGUGAUUGGCACUCGAUGUGGCCAUCGGGUGUGCAAUCUCGUGGCCAUGGCGGAGCUGAGAUGGGCGCAAGGGCAGGGCAUGGCCGCCAGUGGGAGACAAAUAGCAUAGCACGGGAGCAGCUUUAGCGGCUGAGAAUGA